CUACGGGUUCUCUGGUAGAUGAAAUAGCUAUAGUAGUACGGGCUACCUGUUGGCCAACGACCAAAUAGCCUGGGUCGAUCCCACCAUGCAGUGCGUCUCAGCAUCCUGUAUACCGCGAAUCCAAGAUGGCGUUCUAUUGCUCAAUCAGCCACGAGGUUCCAGAACACCCUUGCAUCUCUCCCCUGUCUGGGAAUGUCUUUGAGAGACGUCUCAUUGAAAAAUACAUUGCUGAGAAUGGAACGGACCCAGUGAAUGGGGAGCCGAUGUCAGAAGACCAGCUGAUUGAUGUUAAAGUAAACACUCUAGUCAAGCCCAGACCCCCCUCUGCUACAAGUAUCCCAGCUAUUUUGAAAGCCCUACAAGAUGAAUGGGAUGCUUGUAUGUUGCACAGCUUUUCCCUGCGACAGCAGCUACAAACUGCUAGACAAGAGCUAUCUCAUGCACUGUAUCAGCAUGAUGCCGCCUGCCGUGUGAUUGCACGUCUUACCAAAGAGGUCACUGCUGCUCGUGAAGCUCUUGCAACAUUGAAGCCUCAGGCUGGAAUUGUCCCAACACCUGCCCUAGUUGCUGCCCCUGUUGCACUCUCUGUACUGGCCGAUGAGAGCAUGGAAGUCCAAGCUGGCGAGGAAGGCGGAAUGACAGAAGAAGUGCUUCAAAAGUUACAAGAAAAAGCUACACUUCUCACUGCUGAACGUAAAAAGAGAGGCAAGAAAGUCCCAGAGGAUCUCACACCAGCGGAUGAGAUUAGAAACUUCACUCAGAUUGCCAGCCAUCCUGGUCUUCACAGUGCCAGCACACCUGGCAUCCUGGCUCUUGACUUGCAGCUUGCAGACACCUCCAAAGUCCUUACAGGUGGUUUGGAUAAAAAUGCAAUUGUCUUUAACAAAGAUACAGAACAGGUCAUUGCUACCCUCAAAGGUCACACCAAGAAAAUUACAAACGUCAUUUACCAUCCAACUGAGGAACUGGGUAUCACAGCAUCCGCCGAUAGCACCAUCAGAGUGUGGUCCAUUACCAAAGGCUCUUGUGAACACAUCCUUAAGGCUCACGACCAAGCAGUCACAGGGCUCAGUCUUCAUGCAACAGGGGAUUACCUGCUUAGUUGUUCAGCAGAUCAGCACUGGGCUUUCUCUGAUAUCCGUACUGGCCGAGUCCUCACCAAAUGCAUAUCUGACCCUGCUGUCAAUCAAGGAUUGACAUGUGCCCAGUUCCAUCCUGAUGGUCUUAUCUUUGGUACUGGGACAUCAGACAGUAUUAUCAAGAUCUGGGACUUAAAGGAAAGAACCAAUGUGGCUAAGUUCCCUGGUCACUCCGGCCCAAUCUCGGACAUCACUUUCUCUGAAAACGGAUACUACUUAGCAACUUCAGCUGAUGAUUCUGUGGUCAAAUUGUGGGAUUUGAGGAAAUUGAAGAAUUUCAAAACCAUCAAUUUGGCUGACAGAUUUGAGGUGAAGGCCCUCAGCUUUGACCAGAGUGGAACAUACUUAGCAGUCGCAGGAACUGAGAUACAAAUUUAUUUAGUAAAACAGUGGGAGUUGCUGAAUAGUUUUUCAGAGCACAGCGGACUUGUCACCGGGGUGAAGUUCGGAAGACACGCAGCCACCGUUGUGUCGUCGGGCAUGGAUCGCCACCUCAAGUUCUACUCUCGGUAGUCACUCGGAGCAACAUCGGCUGGAGCCGAGGGAUAUUCCUGAUGUUUCCGGAGCUUGAGUAUUCCUGUCUUAAAAGCAGUGCAGGCUGAAACCAAUGGAAUCUGCCAACGUUGUAUUCGACGGAUAGCAUAUCAAAGAAAUAGUUAGCCUUUCACAUUGUACAGUCAUAAGGACUUUCCUCGUUUUUAUUCCUGCCUUGUAAAUUAUGUCGCUAACGUUUUCUGGAUGGGAUCUACAGUAGCAAAUAUACGAACUUGGUACCGAGCUUGCCGCAUGCAUCUUGACGUGUAAAACCCAUUGUAAUACCAUCUAAUAUGAGCAUAUUCUCGCCACUAUCGCCAUACCCAAUUGCUGUGAGCUAGGCCAUCGGCUAUCAUGUACCAUCUGUUUAUUCUGCUAUGUUGUUUUUACCUUGUACUGGUUACACUGUAGUUCUAGAGAUACCUUCCAUUCGGCCUUGAAAAAGUGUUUGUAAUUCUGUAUUUUUCAAAAUAAAAGGAGCUUUCUACAUUA